AUGCUGAGCUUCAAGAGCCUCGAAUAUGACUCGACCAAAAAGAUCGCUACAGUUGGUGCGAGUGCGACUUGGGAAGAAGUAGUAGGAUUCAUGGAACGAGUUGACCCCGAGUACUCAGCCCGUACACCUAGCAUCGGAGUCACGGGAUCCAUUCUGAAUGGCGGCCUUUCCUGGAUGUCCUCCGAGUACGGCGGCAUCAGCGAUCCUAUAAACUUCCUAGACGCAGAAGUAGUCAAGUACGAUGGCACAGUUGUCAUGGCAUCUCAGGAGCCGGAUCUUCUCUGGUCUCUACGCGGCGGUGGUGGCGGCUUUGGUAUCGUUACAAAGGUCCUUCUUCGGGCACAUCCGUACCCAACUGAUAUCUGGUCGGGCAUUGUGCUGCUGCCUCGUCAACUCUUAGCGCAGAUGAUUGACGAGGUGGUCAAGUUCAAUCACUCUACGCCCCAUCCCAAGGUUAACUACUUCAUGUACUUGAUGCCACAGCAACUUCUGCAUACCGUCCUGGAGAAGCCUGAACCCGAUCUAGGCGACACCGUCAUCUUCCACGUGUACGAUGCCUUAGGUGAAAAGCAUGGUCGAGCGACCUUCCGUUGGAUUCUUGAAAAGCCCGGGGCAAUCGACCGGACAAGGGUGACCAAUAUGAAAGGCGUUCUCGACAUGCAAAGUAAGACGCUCUUCUAUGUCCCAUAG